CAAACUAAAAGCAAAUCAACAUACAGAAAACUGAAUAACAACCGGAAGAAAAAAGAGAAAAAAAUAAAUAAAACAAAACUUCCGACGCAAAGAAAAUGGCAACGUUCUCAGUUCUGUCUACCUUCGCCGCGGCGGCAAUUACGUUGCAACUACUCCUAGUUCCAGCUUCAGCCUCUCCUCACAUGAAAUACAUUGACGCUAUCUGCGAUCGCUCCCACGACCAAGAUUACUGCGUUAAAACAUUGACCACCAACCCCCCUACAGCUGCUCCCAUUGGCCUGAAUCCACUGGCCGAGGCCGUGAUGGCGCUCACCAUAGCCCACGCCGAGAAGACAGCGGCUUUCGUGGCUGAGACGGGUAAGGCUGAUCAAACGUUUACUGAGUACCACAAGGCCUACUUAGCCGUGGUGGCUGAUCUCAAGAGCGCAAACCUGAAGCUCAAGCAAUCCCCUGACACUGCUCACUACGACGUUAGGUCUUCGACCGACCAGAUGAAGCGCGUGGAGGGAUUAGUUGCCAGCAAAAAUGACCAGGCUUCAACUACUCUUAAGGAAAUGACGGUGCAGAUGGAGAAACUUCUUGAUCUUGCAGCUAGUGCCGCCGAUGCUGUGGACGACGAUGAUGAGAACAUCCACCGUCGCGUCUGAUUUUAAACCGGUCCGGUUUCGUUUUUUUGUGUUCACAAUACAAAAUAUAAUAAAUAAAUGAAUAUACAUAUACACACACACAAAUGUGUUGUGAUAAACUAGUAAUUAAGUUUUUGAAAUAUUUGCAGAACUAAUGUUGUCAAUAUUUUUGGCAUAUAUAAAGAGUCUGCUGUAUUAUCUUUUUAUAAAACUAAAUAUAAAUCUGAUUUGUAUCAA